GAUCUAAAAUAAUACUUCUUUUUAUAAUUUUGAUAUAUUUAAAAUUUUGUUAUAUUUUUUAAUAUAAAAAAUUUUGUUUAAACAAAAUUAUAGAUAAUGACUGUAAACAAUCAACAAAAAAUGUACUCAUUUUAAUAAAUUCAGAUUAAUUCAAAAUGGAAGCUGGACCUCUAAAUGUAGUGACUCAAGGGUCUGAGAGUAGUCUAAAUGUAGCUGGUCGGGGAAAAUUUUUUGAAAAUUACAUUCGGAAUUUAAAAACUCUAAUAGAGCAAUCCCCGUUGUAUCAAUCCAUGAAUGAAAAUGACACCGAUAUCAACGUUGUUAUUGAAAGGCAUAUUAAAACCGCGAAGAUUGAAUCGAUGAAAAUGUCUAAGAAAAUCCCCGUUAGAAGUGAUGGAAUAAUUGAUAAUGUUCCCGAUCGUCCAGCACCAAUUACUCAUAUGGGACCCAGUGGAAACACUAGUGUUAGUAAAAAAGAGGAAAAACUUAGACUAAUACCAGUAGAUAUUCAUCAGAAAGUAUCGUCUGAGGGCGUUGAGGUUGUAUUUGGAUUUGAUUACAAAUAUUUAGAAGCAAACAAGGAUUUCGGUAUUGUUACUUUAAGAGAUUUGAAAAAAACACUAUGGAUUGGGAAUCGAUCAACGUAUUCAACUCAGAUUCUGUUAUAUUCUAAUGGUACGAUUGGUUUACUCGUAUUGAUGUUGAAUGAAAAGUCGUUGAAAUUUCUGGAAAGAAAUUGGUAUUGGGGAUGGAAAUGUAUACCAGAGAGGUUUAACUUCAAAUAUUUAGAUGUGGUCGACGAUAAAUGGAGAACAUUUAGUUCGUUCGAAUGUGAGACAGAGCUUUAUGAGCAUUUUCUUAAUGCUUGCUAUUCAUUUUUUCCAAAGAAAGUUGGGUACCAAGGAAAUACUGUGUAUGAAGAAAGUGACAACGGUGUAAUGUUGUUUUCUUUGGGAAAUGACCUUUUAACAGGCAACAUACAAACUCAUUUAUUUCAACAUACAUCAAUAUCUAUUCCACUUGAAUCUGGUUUUGGAUAUGACCUAACUCAGGAACAGAAAGAAGGAGAAGCCCCUGUAACUUUUCUAGGAUCCUUUUCCAUUGAUUUUCAUAAAGUUCAACAUAAAUCGAUAGAUGAUCCUAAAUUUGUUUCUGAUCAACAAUCUUAUUUCAGAAAUUUGAUUAGUUAUGAAAAUGAAGUAAAUUGUAGUUCUCAAAAGGAACAGAAUACGACCGAAGAAUUAAUAACAAAUUAUGUUUCGCUGGAUUUUGAUCUUUUAUUACCACGUUAUAUAGAAGCGAAAAAUAAAAAUUUUAGGUCUUACAAGUGUCCUCCGGAUGAACUUUUUCACAGAAUAGUUGAAGGAAAUAAAAACAUUUGGAAAGUCAAGAAAAAUGGUCUUUUAGCUAAACAAGUCCAUUACUAUAUUGACGAUGACAAGUGGGUAAUAGUUGUCUUGGAGAACAACACAUUUAAAUUCCUUUACAGAGCGUCAGAUUCUGAUGUAUGGGUUGAUAAAUCAUCAGAAAUGUUCAAUACUAAAGAUUUGAAGGUGAUUAAAAGGAACAGACAAGAACUAUCACCAAUGGAUUUGAAGUUUAAUUUUUUCGGCCCACUUUGUAUCAUUCCCCUAGGUGACCCUGUUCGCGUUAGUUACAAGAAUUUCUCUCAUAAUUUUGAGCAUUGUGGAAAACACAUCUCAGUGUGGUUAGUAUACGAUGUAACGACAAAUAAAGCCAAAUUGGAAACCAAAGUCUUUAAUCUAAGGUCUGAAACUCGCAUAACUAACCCCCGAUAACUCAAAUACAAGAAGCUUGAAAUGAAGAAACGAGAAUUAAUUACAGCUCUGUAUCAACCCGCUUUAUAAACUGAUCAAAAUGUUUCACAUUAUCCCAAUUAAACACACCCUGUAACAUAGUGCUCCUAAGGUUCUGUUGAGGAGUUUUCUGAAAUUUAAAAGUCUCAUCAAAACAGUUGUACUGUUAUGGUGGUUUUGUUCUCAGGCUGCGGAAUGUAAUACUCCACAUCACACUUUUUAUUAACAUUAAUUUAUCUAUCAAUUUAUUCAAUACAUCA